CUGGAUGCUGGGCUAUAAGGUUAACUUUAGAUCGACAGCUUUAUGAAUAUCUAUGGCAGUAUACGGCUCGGCUUUGCGCUUGUCUGGAUCACGCCGCUAAUUAUGAGUCUUUUCAAACCGCAGCAGUAGCAGCAGCGCACCUUCUCAUUGUGAGCCAUGACUCUAAGCUCCGAGAUGUCGGACGCGUGUGCGCUCACGGAAGAGCCGGACAUCGAUGUGGUGGGCGAAGGAGACGACGACGACGACGUCGACGCAGUUGCGCGCUCGCGCCCAUAUGACGAUGACGAAUUUCCGCGCGCUCGAGAUGAGCUUUUCCUCGCCGCUUCGCCUCCGUGCGUGGACUCUGCUCACGGCGCCGCCGGCUCGGGCGCGCGCGACGCGUACAAACCGACGAACAAGAACGCUCUGGUGAAGCCACCAUAUUCAUACAUCGCGCUCAUCACCAUGGCAAUCCUCCAGAGUCCCAAGAAAAGGCUGACGCUCAGCGAGAUCUGCGACUUCAUCAGCAACCGCUUUCCGUACUACCGCGAGAAGUUUCCCGCAUGGCAGAACUCGAUCCGCCACAAUCUGUCACUCAACGACUGUUUCGUCAAAAUCCCCCGCGAGCCCGGUAACCCGGGAAAGGGUAACUACUGGACACUGGACCCGGAGUCGGCCGACAUGUUCGAUAACGGCAGCUUCCUGCGCCGGCGAAAGCGCUUCAAGCGUCAGCAGGCACCCGAGCUCCUCCGAGAGCACGGCGCUUUCGUCCCUGCGUACGGCUAUGGAGCUUAUGGCUGCGGUUACGGCCUUCAACUGCCCGCGGCUUAUCAUACGCAUUCUGCGCUCUUUACCUUCCAGCAACAACAACAACAACAGGCGCCUCCGUCUUCAAGACACACUGGAACUCUGAGCCCCGCGCCUUCCCUCAUGCCAAACAUAGCCGAACUCGCGCGGUUCCGUUUCUAUCCUCCGUUGAGUGCCAGGAUUACCUCCCCGGUACAGACUGUGACCAAAUCCCCGGUACACCGCUCAUCAUUCUCCAUAGAAAGCCUCAUUGGGAGCGCUGUAAGCCCAGCGCAUGCGCACUGUGCUUCACGGACUCCGCCGGCGCCUUUCGGACCGAACGGAGCAGCAGCCGAAAAGUUUCCCGAAAAGCUUGAGUGGCACAAGCGGCUGUUAAUAUCUUAACUGAAGUUCACAUUUAAAAACAUUAUAAUAUUAAGCAAUACACACAAACGCUCCUGUUUUUAAGGU